GAGAUGCUUAUCCGCACCCACUUCCCUGCUUUGGAGGAUUUUUGUCUCGUUGUCUGCCAUGUCUGCAGUAAAGUGGUGACUCCUCAGGGCAUCCUCACACAUUACGGUAGCUGGGGUAUAGUUUCCCUGUGAGACAGACACAGAGAGAGACAGUCCUGGACCACACACUCCCAACCCCCUACCCACCCUGCUCCCACAAAGACAUGCAUAGCAAAAACCAGAAGCGACACAGCUCCCCGAUCCCCUCCAGGAGCCCGCUCGUUCCCAUGAAGCCCAAAGCGCCUGCCGUGGCCCCCAGCCCAGGGGACACGCUUGCAUUCAGGGUCCCCAAAGAUUACCCUCACUCCCGCUUCAACAAGGCACCGCUCGCCGUCUACCCACCAAAGGGGGCGCGGAACAAGACCUGCGUAUCGUUACCUGUCGUCAGCUUGGAGAAGAUGCCCUGUCUGAACCGAGCAGACUCGGCAUCGCACGUGCGCCUCAACUCCUCCUCCUCUUCAUCCUCAUCCACGCUCUCUCCGCUAAAAUCGCCCUCCUUCGCCCCACCAGCCUCCCAGCGCUCCAACGAAAAGCUCGUCAACGGCCGCCCCAGCGGCGGCCCCUCAACACCGCGUUCCAUCACGCCUCCCUCCUCCCUGGAUAGGCGGCCGAGCCCCGCGCGAUCCCCCCUAGAGAGACGGGGGUCGUCAACGCCGUCGCCCUCCCCUAUGGACAGGAAGCCCUCCCUCUCGCCGUCGCCCUCUCACAGAUCCGUUGCUCUGCCAACGUUGUCGUCGCUCUCGCCCAUGGAGAAGAAGCAACAAAACGGCGCUAAGGCGCCUGCUAGGCCGCACAAGAGAGUCUCAGGGAGAGUCUUUGAUCCUGACAAGCACUGCGGAGUGCCCGACCCUGAGACUAAACGUUCCUGCACGCGCUCUCUCACCUGCAAGACUCACUCGUUAACCCAGCGCCGCGCCGUGCCCGGCCGAAGCAGGCUUUUCGACGAGCUCUUAGCCGAGCACAAGGGCCUGGCUAAGGAGAGGGAGGCUCUGAAGGAGAAGGAGAGGGAAGCGGCGCUCAGGGGGAAGGAAGGAUGCAGUCAGAGCAAUGCAGCUCCAGAAACGCCGAGUCCCAGCAAAACCUACUGCCCCGCUGAAAGACCGCUCUCCUCGUUGAAGCUGCGGCUCGCCAAUGCACACAUACCAAGAGUUCUGGUUGGCUCCUCUUCCAUCUCCAGUUCGAGUCCUCUGCCUCCAGCAGUGCCUCCUGCCGUAGUUCCUGUCGCCGAUCCGUCUUCUAACAGCUGGGGGAACGCAGCAGGGGACAGCAGCCGACUCUCCAGCGACGAGGGAGACCCAGAGAGUCCAGAUGACACUGACAGACCCUUGUUGCAUUACUCCAGUCAUCAUCCGCGGCCUUUAGGGUUGUGCGUCUUCAGCAGCCGGCUUAUGGGACAGGGCUACUAUGUGUUCGACAGGCGAUGGGUCAGAAUGAGGCUGGCCCUGCAGACUAUGGUGGAGAAACACCUCAACGCCCAAAUGUGGAGGAAGGUGCCUCUUGCCGCUGAGAGCCUUCCCUCCCUCUCCACAUCUAGUACCUCCUUGGUUACGGCACAGCAGGCUCCUUCUUCCACCCCCAUCGCCUCUCCUGUCCCUUCCUCACCCUCUAACACGCUCACCUACACCGCCACGUUCCCUCAGUCGGCAUCGGCAGCUGGAGUGUUCAACGUCAGAGACUCCGCGCAGUCCCACAGCCCGGCUUUUACACAGGGAAAAGCCCGCAACGGCUCCCACAAAGCCAGCCGGCCAUCCAAAGACGCAAGCGUCCCCUCGGCGGGCCAGAAAAAGAGAAAGAACUCUUCCCACUCUUCGUCGUCCUUCUCAUCUUCCUCGUUUCAGACAGUAGAUGUCCACAAAAGGAACGGCAGCCGUUUUCACCCGACGCUACCAGGCUAUGGGAUAGCCAGGAGUUCCCCAGCCAAGAAUAAGGGACCUCAAGGGGGGAAUGGGCGUCUGAGCAGCUCUGAUAACUGGCUGUCCAGAGCAGAUGGGUCACAAGGCAUCAACACACAGAACUGUCGUGAACUUGGCACCAGCAGCAUCACCUUCACAAACAGGGAACCGGCCUCAGCCCCACACCAGCCUAUGGCUCCCCCCACUGGACCCUUAGCUUAUGGCGGAGGAGCAGAAGGGAGGAAGAGGAGGAGUCCCAGCUCCUAUAAAGGGAAAGCCAGCAAACUGAGCCGACCAGGCGGACUAGAAAGCCUCUUUGGUGAAGGAAACGACGGUGGGGGGAUCUUGGCGUUGGGGCACGAGUCGCCCAGACAGGCCAAGUUAAAUCACUGACAGAAACCCGUUUGAAGGGCAGAACCUUUGGGCAGCUGUUCAGGCCACCACCAUUUGUGACCUUUGACUUCACUCUUCCACUGACCGCACCAAUCAGGCCGUUUCAUCUCACAUGGCUCCUGUUUAUCCAAGGAUACAGGAUCCAUUCCUCCACUCCUUCCCCCUCAGCUUGGAUCCUUUCGUCCGGAAACUUGAUGUGCCUCACUAUGGUUGGGGUUUAUAGGAACACGUUUUCUUAAAAAACAUUGCAAAGGGAAUAUGCUAACAUUAACACCACCACUGUAGAAUUUAUGGAGAACCCUGAAAAGAGGUGUGUGAUUGUUUUCCAUCAGACAGAACUACUGUGCCGCUUUGCUGCCCCCACGGACCUUUUCUAUUCCCCCUCUCCGUCGUUUGGCUCCGUUUUAGUCUACGAGGAGAGUGAUCGCAGCACAUUUACCUGGGUUUUAGCCUGUUCUUGCCCCUUUCUUUGUCCACCUCCCUACAUUUCCAUUUCUGUCCCAGCAUGCCUGUGUUCGAAGUGCACUUACUGUCCUGAGCUCCUUGCUGACUCCUUCUGCAACUGUGACAUGAAAAAGUCGUGCUCGCACAAAGAGGAGGGGAUGGAAGAAUCCGUGUUACCAAUGAUGCCACGUCGAUGCGUUGUAUUUCAAUAUAGGAUAAAAUCUGACUUUAUUCAGAUCCUUUUUUUUUUUAUCUUUCUGGUUUUGAUGUUGAAAGAAACAAAAAUUCCAGGAUAAGCAUCCAAAAUGGAAUUAUUACUCUGGUGUUGGAUUGCUUCGUUUUAUUUUUGUUUUUUUUUGUAUAAUAAUUUAUCAUUCUUAAAUAAUGUUUGUUAUGGAAGUGACCAUUAAGGUUUGAGCUACAGAGACUUUUUCAAUAUAAAAGAUGAUAGAAUUUCUAUGGCAUUUUGAAGAAAUGUUAAAAGUAUUAUAGUUCAUAUUUGUACAUAUCUGUUGGUAUUUUUGUAUUUAUUAAUAUUUUUUUUCCCCUUUUACUAAAUGAAAACAGAGAUAUUAACUAUUUUACCCCAUGCUAUCGUAGUCUAACAGUAAUAAAGCGAUUGGCCUGGUGUCUCACCAAAAAAAAAAAGUUAGAUAUAUUAUUUUUCAUUUUUUAUUCUUCUCCCAGUAGCAAUUAAAUGCAAAUUAAUGGGCACAG